ACGUUCCUGGAACCGGGAAGCAUUAUACCUCUACCAAUAUGGCUUAGCCGCACAUAAACUGUAACGGGCAAGUUUCACUGUUUUUACUGUCUUCGCAAGUUGUCAGGAGUGUUACAUGUAACUCAAUGUUGAUUAUAAUCGCCGGUCAAUAGGCCAAAUGGUUAAAGAGGAAGCGCCGUGUUAUUGCAAAAUAUGCUUGGUGGGUGGGUCUUAAAUGCCAGCGCCAAUGAAACGAAUAGAAUGAGCUGUAUAGAACACGGGGACGUUUCAGUUUCAUGUAAUAUAAUGUCCAUUUAUCACCGUUGUGCACAAGUGUGGUGGAACUAGAAUUACAGGGAACUAACUGUCGUAGUUCGUUCUAUUUGAGUGGCGUAAUCAUAUAUUUCUGUAGACAACCACACGCGAGGUUGUUCCUCAACGCAUCGUUCAGAAUGGCUGGGCUGGUGAGUAACAGAGGGUGUCACAAAAUCAGGGGUUCCCAAAUAAGAGAGCUCCUCGACUCCAAGCUCAACGUCCUUUUUGAUUGCGACGGAGUCAUCUGGAAUGGCGAAACGGUCGUGGCAGGCGCGCCAGAAGUGGUGACGCUACUGAAACAGCAAGGCAAAAAGGUAUUUUUCAUCACCAACAACUGUACUAGGCCCAGAGCGAGCUACGUAUCGAAGUUUAUCCGGUUGGGCUUCACUGAUGUCGCAGAGGAGGAGAUAUUCAGCUCGGCGUACUGCUCUGCGGCUUAUCUGCGAGACGUGGCGAAGUUGCAGGGUAAGGUGUAUGUCAUAGGGUGCCAGGGCGUUGUGAAGGAGCUACGGGAGGCUGGGGUUCCCAUAGUGGAGGAGGACACUGACGCACCUACUGGGACCAUUUACGACUACCCGUUGGACCCAGACGUAAAGGCAGUGCUGGUGGGAUAUGACGAGAAAUUUGAUUUCAUUAAACUGGCCAAAGCCUGCUGCUACUUACAGAAUACUGAGUGCCUGUUUCUGGCCACUGACCCUGACCCCUGGCACCCACUGCGAGGAGGCAGAAUAACACCAGGUUCAGGAAGCCUCACGGCCGCUGUGGAGACAGCCAGCAGCAGGAAAGCCACGGUGAUCGGGAAGCCCAGCUGCUUCAUGUUCGAGUGCAUCGCCAGCCAGUUCAACCUGGACCCCAGCCAGUCCCUCAUGGUGGGUGACCGCCUGGAGACUGACAUCCUGUUUGGGGCUAACUGUGGCCUGGACACCAUGCUCACCCUGACCGGAGUGUCCACUCUAGAGGAGGCGCGCGGCUACAAGGACAGUGACGACCCUGAGCGGAAGGACUUCGUGCCAGAUUACGUGGUGGAGACCAUUGCCGACUUCAUUGAAGCGUAUGAAGAGGAGGAAGGCUGAGGAGGACUAUAGAAAGAGCAGACCCCUGAAGCUGUGCCUGAGAGACCUGGGUCAUGUUCAUUAGAGUACGCAACGGAAAGUGAAAAUUCCCUCCCUGUUUCAAUCCAUUUGGUGCCUAAUGAACACGACCCUGGAUAUAUCAGAAAAGGGAUUAGUUUGGUGGUGUUAUACGCAGUCAUUUGUAAAGCCUUUAAGAAGUCAGUGUGAUGUGUUAUAGUGCUUGCGACAGGCAUGCUGUGCUUUUUAUGCCGAUAAUCUUUGUCAUGAGGCAUGCAAAGAUGUGGCAUAACAUUUUGGAAAUGUUUUUGCAAUUUACAUGCUUAUGGCAAGUGAUAAUGACAUUGACCAGGAUUCAAUCAGAGAUGCGUUGUAGACAAGCCCAUUUCACUACAGACAAUGGAGAUCGCAUUCACGGUAAAACGCUGAAGAUGUCGACUCAUGAGGAAAUUAUCUUUUAAAUGUCAAGCACUGUGCACUUGUAUACAACAUGUCUUCGAUUGAAUACAGACCAUUGUGUAGUAUUUUGGAAAGCUUUAUGAAUGGUGGCAUAAGACCACCUGGAACAUUAUUUACGGACACCAAUAAUGCAGUGUGAGACUCCACCUGGUUGUCGUUCCUAGUGUUCAUUAUUUGGGACAUUUAUUGGUGUAGUAGGAAUGUCUUUGGUUGUACUGUAGUAUAUCAUAGACGUCACCAUAUGAGCCCAAUAUACAAGCUGUUCUAUUUUCCUUGAGACCAUCCAGUGUUGAAAUGGACUGGGAUCCAUCAAAGUGAAUCAUAACACCCAAUGUAAAUGGACUGAAGUCAUCUAAACCAACUGUGCUGUUCCACAGUCAAAACAUAAGAUAAUGUAAGCUGAAUGCUUCCCUUGCAGCACCUUCAUCUUUAGUACACCAAACCAAAUACUGUGUUAGGUUUGAAUCCAACAACUGGUAUACAAAUCAAAUGUAUUUAUAUAGCCCUUCGUACAUCAGCUGAUAUCUCAAAGUGCUGUACAGAAACCCAGCCUAAAACCCCAAACAGCAAGCAAUGCAGGUGUAGAAGCACGAUACCAAAUGUUAUUUUUGGAGCCAACUGUCCAACAUUUAGCUCUGGAUAUAUGGAAAUAGGGCUGGAGAAUUGGUUUGAUGGAAAUAUGGAUAAUAGACUUGGUUUGAUAUUGGUUAGUUUUCCCACCAAGUCAAACCUUUGCUAAUAUGUGUGCCAGCAGCCUUGCUGUAGUUUUGGAUCCUUUGGUUAAUGAAUCCUUGACUGUCUCAAACAUGACAUGGAAAUUGUUCUCACUUCUCACCUUUCUAAAGAACAGAGCAUACGAGUGGUCCUGAAUUGAUCAUUACCAACAAUGAAAUGUGUAGGACUGUACGUAGAUCUAAUUACCUUUUGAUAGGCCUUCAACUGAUCAAUUCUACAAGUAAUAAUAUUUGAAUAGAUCUUCAAGUGAUACCAAUGUUCAAUGAACUGAAAUGUGAAUUUGCAGUGGAAAAUAUUGUACAGUAGUUUGGUAUUUGAAAGUCAAAAAGGAACUAGUAUGUUCCUUAACCAUACCACUGUAAAAUGUUAAGUUGCUGAAAUGUUAACUAUUAGGUGUAUUUGGGAACUGGAUUUUCAAUGUUUUUCUUAUCGACAGGUGGUUAUUAACCUGAAGAAGGGUGUGUGGAUUUCAGUCAGGGUAAUAACAAUGGCAGACAAACAUUAUUUUAAUUGAGGGUAUCACCAUUUUUUUUUUUUAUCAGUCUUUUUACUUAGAUGGAGGUUGUGCUAGAACUUUAUUGUAAGACUUAAGACACAUUUUCAUACUGUAGAUGAAGUACCUAUUUCAAUGGAAUGCCAACCUGUUUUUUAUGAACUUCAUAAACAUUCUGCAUAUUGUGAAUUAGGUUUGUACAUUACUUAAUGUAGUGUACAAUUGCAUUUUGUUUUUUAAUUAAAACUCUUGCUUUGUA